AUGGGGUUUGGCCAGAAGUGGCGGGGUUGGAUUAAGGAAUGUGUAUGCUCUGCGUCUAUGUCGGUGCUUAUAAAUGGAUCCCUUUCAAAGCCAUUCAAAAUGGAAAGGGGUCUACGACAAGGAGAUCCGUUGUCGCCCUUUCUGUUUGUGCUAGUUGUUGAUGUCCUUCAUCGGAUGAUCGGAGAGGCGGUAACAAAUGGGCGCAUUUCUCUGCUGUUGGUUGGACGAGAUCACAUUGAGCUGUCGCACUUGCAGUUUGCGGAUGAUACUAUACUGUUCUGUCCUCCAGAGGAAGAGACUAUCAGGAAUUACAAGCGCUUACUACGUUGCUUUGAACCGAUGUCCGGGUUGAGUAUCAAUUUUGAGAAGUCCAGUUUCAUUCCAGUUAAUUGUGAACAGCGUUGGACAAGACAGAUGUGUCAGCUUUUGGGAUGUAAGGAAGCCUCUCUACCAGUCCGAUACCUUGGAAUCUCUCUGGGUGCGAACCCAAGGUUAGUUAAGACUUGGAAACCAGUGAUUGAUAAGGUGGAAGAAAAGUUGAGCUUGUGGAAGGCGAAGACCCUCAAUAAAGUGGGCAAGCUAGUUCUCAUCAAGUCCGUCCUCAAUAGCCUGCCUAUAUACUAUCUCAGCCUAUACAAGAUGCUAAAGCCAGUAGCAGAAAAGUUGAUCUCGUUGCAAAGACGGUUCUUGUGGAGCAAGGAUGAUGGGAAGAUAGGGAUGCCACUAGUGAGAUGGGAGAUAGUGAUGGCUCCUAGAAAGGCAGGUAGAUUAGGAGUGGGAGAUGCAGUGGUUAGGAAUACAGCCCUUCUGUUCAAGUGCCUAUUCCUACAAGAGGGGGCCCUUGGAGAGAUAUCUGUCAGCUCCAGAUCAGGGAGCCACAAUAAGAGAAAAGAUUAUCAGAGGCUUAUUUAUGGAUGUAGGGAAUGGCAGAACAAUCAAGUUCUGGAAGGAUGUCUGGCUACCUGGUGGAAGGUUGAAAGAGAUGUUUCCAAGAUUUUUCUCGGUCUCAAACCUCACAGGAUCUGUUAUAGGGGAGUGCGGGUUUUGGGAUGGGUGAUACAGGAAGCAGCUCUCCCGGAGAAAAUUACGAGCUAUAGCUUUACUAGUGCUAUUUGGAGGGGAUUCGCUCCGCCAAAGGUUGAAUUAUUUUCGUGGUUUGUUUUGGUUGAGAGGGUGAACACUAAGGAAAGACUAUGCAAAUUAGGUGUCAUUGACCAGCAUGAUAAUAUGUGUGUUUUAUGUUGUAAGUAUGUUGAGUCUGCUUCUCAUCUAUUUAUUGGCUGUGAGAUCACUUGGCAGGUGUGGUGUGCAUGGCUAUUCGCUCUUGGAAGGAUAUGGACUAUGCCGGAAAGGAAUGGUAGAAUCUUCAAUAAUAAAGGCUCGGGGGUGAUGGAAAUAAUAAACAGGUCCUUUAUGCUCUCCGACGAGUGGCUUGGUGGUGAACCUCUUGGUUAUUGA